UCUCUUGACUGAAUAGGACGUGAGUGUCAUGCGUUGCUUUUUUCACUCGGACGCGCUCCUCUCUAGCGGUGAUACAUUUACAACAUGGCUGAUUACUCUUCUUAUUCCCCUUGAGCAGCAUGUGGCGUUCCAGCCUUGCAAAGCAGGAUCAUCGGAGGUACCGCAGCAGUUCCAGGUGCCUGGCCGUGGCAGAUAAGCCUUCGUUUCCAAGGUAGUCACUUCUGUGGAGGGUCCCUGAUUAGCAAUGAAUGGCUGCUCACUUCCGUGAUGUGUUUCUUCAGCCCACUAAACGUCUCUCUCUACCAAGUGGAGCUCGGUCUUCUCUUCAAGAAUGGGACAGGGGCUCAAACGGUCACCCGUGGCUUGAAAAACAUCUUCAUUCACCCAAACUACACCAACUAUGUAACUGGGAACGACGUGGCCCUGCUGCAACUCCAGCAGCCUGUGAACUACACGAAUGUAAUCCGCCCGGUCUGUCUGCCCAGGAAGAGUGACGUCUUUACCCCCAAGGAUGACUGCUGGGUGACAGGGUGGGGUGCCAUCAGCAUAGGAGCGCUUUUACCAAACACAGGCCCCCUCCAGCAGCUCAACGUAACCAUCAUUCCCAACGCCGACUGUGACCGCAUGUACAACAACACCAAGCAAAACGCAUCCCUGCCCAUGAUACUGGACAACAUGAUGUGUGCCGGUUAUGCUGAAGGGGGCAAAGACGCCUGCAAUGGAGACAAUGGGGGGCCGCUGGUGUGCCGCCGGCGGACAGAUGGCUCCUGGGUCCAAGCCGGGAUCGUCAGCUGGGGUUAUGGAUGCGGAAUACCAAACAAGCCGGUGAUCUACACUCGCGUCUCAUCCGUCACAGCGUGGAUCCAGAAGAUGACCAAUAUAACCAUCGAAGCAGAGACCACAUCUGUGCUGGGCUCAGGAGUGGUCCGCUUGCAGAAACCUGCUGCUCUCCUGGCUUUGCUCCUACUGCUGAUUUCCUUCAUCCUCUCCCUGAUCUAA